UCUAAAAUCUUGUUGUUCUAAUGUUCUGUUCAAGAAAAAUGAUAGGUGGUAGGGCCUAGGCCUAGAUAAGUGUCCGUACGAAGAUUUUAUCAAGUUGGUCUAUAAAAAGUCAACACUCAACAGGGCUUACCCUGAACGGCAAUUACAUUUUCACAUAAUUGCAUUUACUAAGCACAAUGAUCGUUCGGGAAACAAGAUAGCUAACUUAAGUUAAACUUAAGCUGAACGCAGCUGGCGGCAUGAUAAAUUUGACAAAAUCCAGUUCCAGUGAUAAUCAUGAAUGCCAACAACCGUGGAGGAAAUUUAAGAAAUUCAACACCUUAUUCUCGCCACAACCAUGGUAAUCAACAUCCUGGUAGACCUAAUCACCAAACCCGUUGGCAACCCCCUUUCAAAGAUUAUCAAUGCCUCAGUCAAAAUGAUGGUGGAUCACCAGGCAAGGAGCCUGUGUUCUACCCAAGACAAGGUCCAAGCCCUAUCCACUAUCCUCUACAUCCAGGAGAUCUCACCCCAGCAGACACUCCACUACUACGAGCACAGGAGAAUGGAAUAGCAGUGCGAGGAGGUCCCCUUUUAAACAUCAGUUCUGGGCUGCUAGGCUCUAGCCAUCUGGACGUCACACCACGCCGAACACCUCAUCCAGAUCUGAGGCUGAGUCCCAUUCAAAUACCUCACUCUCCUCUUUUCUUCAGAAGUGGAGGUCAGGAUGAUGGGCGGAAAAGUGAGAGCCCAAGCAGAAAGAGGCGACGCUUGUCCCACCAUCAAAUAGUGGACUUGGCUACAACACCUCCACCUCAUCCCCAUCCGCACCCACACCCUCAUCCUCACCCUCACUCUCACCCGCACCCGCACCCGCACGCUCAUCCACACCCACAUCCUAGCUGGGACAGACAUCAGCGUUCACGUCACCAACAGCCCACACGCAGUAGGGGCAGCCCACCUAUAAGACGUCACUGCUUUCGUGAUUGGAACUCUGAUGGUUUCCAGCUGAAUCACCACAGUUUUCUGGCCAAUCAUCAGCCUCAGCCCCAGCCUGCCAUGGUCAUGGAUGUUACCCAGGUUCCUGUGACAUUACCUCUGUCCCUGUACUCCACUCCAUUGAGCGUGUGUCAAGCUGGAGCGACUGCGCCCUCCCCCUGUAUUUACAACCCUUGUCAGGUGCCUUCUCCGUUUGGCAAUUGUCUGCCUCACCACCAUCAUCAUCACCACCCCAGCUACACCACUCCACCACCACUGGCCACUGUACCUCCUUACCUGGUGCCACCUCGGGCUGACCACACACCGCUCAUCCCGUCUUCUCCACCUUCCAUCUUCAUCUCUGAUGUGCGAGGAGCCCCAUUAGAUGUCCGCCGCACCAACCUCCCUCGUCGCAACACAUCACGACGCUGGCGGCCCCCAAUGCAGCCCUCAGCCGCGUACCAGGCUCCUUGGCUGCACUUCUUAUACGCUGAACCACCAUUCGGCAAUAUCAGGGCGAUGUUCUCCAAUCCACCGUUGUCUCCAUUUAGUCAGAAUGAGCUGAGCUCUCCAGACUCUACUGAGACAGAGAACUACGAGGCACUGUUGAGUCUAGCCGAGCGGCUCGGGGAGGCCAAGCCUCGAGGUCUUCACCGCACUGAAAUAGAACAACUCCCGUCUUUCAAAUUCAACGCAGAGACUCACCAGGGAGACCAGACGUCCUGUGUGGUGUGUAUGUGCGACUUUGAGCCCCGUCAGAUCUUGCGAGGUCUGCCUUGCUCACACGAGUUCCACGCCAAGUGUGUCGACAAGUGGCUAAAAUCUAAUCGCACUUGUCCCAUUUGCCGAGGUGAUGCUUCAGGUUACUUCAGUUCUUCAGAGUGAGUUUUCUUUCAAGACAUCAAUUUAUUAUCUUCUAACCUUCAAGUAUUUAUUACAACUCAAUUCCUUGGAGGAGAUUAGAUUAGCGAUUGAUAAAAUCACAAGUAAUUGCAUUACUUUCCAAGCACUAAUAACAUGUUAGUGUUUGACGUUAACAUUUAAGUUUUAUGUUAAUUCCUUAGUUGAGCAAACAUUUUUAUUACUUUUA